AUGAACGGCACUCAACAGACCCAGGACGCUGUCGCGCAAGAGCCAUUGCAGCCAGCAGCCGCCAAUGCCAAUGCUGCUGCCAACGCCAAUGGUUCGUCGACGGCGGCUAAGAAGCGCAAGAAGGAGAGCCUGAAGCCCAUUAUUACCACCGAGACACCACCAUGCUGCGACAGCACUGUCAAAGACGUGGAAGAAGAACACGAUGAGACGACAGACAACGAAUAG